CAAAUCCUUUUUUUUCCCCUUCCGAAGCGUAACAAAAGUUUUUUUUUUUUUUGGAAGGAUUUAAAAAAAGUAGCUUUCAUCUUUUAAUGGUUAAUGGAUUCAUCUAAUGCUUGUGAAAGAGAAGUUAUUGAAACCUAAACCUAAAUCAUUUAUCGCCGUUGCAAUAUUAAUUACUUAUCCAUGAAGAUUUUGGUACAAUUGUUCCAAAAAUUUAUGAAAUGUCUCAUUUCUUUUCUUUCUUUUUUUUUGUUCUGAUAAGCCUUAAGAUAUUUUUUAUGUUAUUUGUUUCUUUUAAUAUGUCAUGUGACUAUACAGUGGGAAAGCAUAUUUUUUCAAGAGGAAAUUGAACCUCUAAUUAGCUAUAUAAACUAGGGGCGAAAAUAAAGAAACAACAAAACAAAACAAAAAUGAGACAACAAAAAAAUUGAAUCUUUAAUGUAACCGGGGUUGGACAGGAAUUUCCUUUGACAUUUUCAUACUACAAUGACACCAACAUAAAUUCUUUUAAAUUCACAAAUUUACUUCAAACUUAUCUCGCCCCUACAUAAAUGCUUUAACUUUAUUAAUUUCUACAAUUAAAGGUUCAUUUUCUUAAAUCUUAUAUUUCAAAGCCACGCAAUGUAACUCUCAAUGUUAAUUUUUUACUACAAAAUCUUGCUUGAAAAACAUGUGGUAAUUGGUAGCAGCAUGACAAACAGCCUAAUGGUUUAAUACCAUUGAAACGACGCCGUGUUUAUUAGCUAGAGCCUAGGGGUUCUCUUUUUCCUUGUGGCCCGUCUCAUAUUCACAAGGGAAGGGAGAGUCACCAGUCCGAACCCACCGCCGACCCAAAAUUCCAAAACCUAAUUGGGGCUCUUCUCCGUUGAAACUUGCCUGGAAUAUUUAAAAUAUUUUCUUAUUUUUAUUAGUAAAUAUAAAAUAAAAUAAAAGGAAAUGGAAAAUACAUAAAAAACAAAAGAAACGCUUGGUUCAUGCUCCUUUCGACGACACCCUCUUUAGUCUUUUUCCUUCUCUUUCUUUUUCUAUUUGUUUUGUUAGAUUCAGAUCAUUGUUGCCUUCCUCUUCUCCACAUCCCCCUUUUUUUCUGCUCUGUCCGAAUAAUCUACGUCAAAAAUCACCAUUGUCUAAUCCCUUAAUCUCAAUCUCCUUCUUCUCCUUUCUUUCCCUUUCAGAUUAAAACCGUUCCCAUCUCUCUUACGCACCCAUAUCUCUUGGCUUUCGUUCCCGUUUCCUAUCAACUUCUCCGUCCAUAAUCCCUUCUUUUUGUUAGUAUUUCAUUCAUGGGUUUUAAUGCAGGUUUUUAUGAAGAUGUGUACGUAAAAUUUCCUUUGCUUUUGCUUGUCGUUGACAUGCACUGAGAGGAUACGUGCAAAGGGGUUAUUGAGAUUGAAACAGAGAAAGAGAAGCCAAAAAGGAAAAGAGAGAUGGCGAAUCUGGUGGUGAAAGUGAGGAGAGAAGCGAUUGCGGCAUGCAUGACUUGUCCUCUUUGCAACAAGCUUCUAAGAGAUGCCACCACCAUAUCUGAAUGUCUUCACACGUUUUGCAGGAAGUGCAUAUACGAUAAGAUACAAGAGGAGGAACUAGAAUGCUGUCCAAUAUGCAACAUUGAUUUAGGUUGUGUUCCUCUGGAGAAAUUAAGGAUCAUUAAUCUUUAUGAAUUAGGGAGUCAUUCCAUCCUUUUGAGGCCAGACCAUAAUUUGCAAGAUGUUAGGGCAAAAAUCUUCCCUCUUAAAAGAAGAAAAGUGAAGGCACCUGAAGUUCUGCCCCCAGUUACAAUGCCAACUAGAAGAAAGGAGAGAUCACUUUCUUCGUUGGUGGUUAAUGCCCCCAAAGUAUCAACACAAACUACCAUGACUGGAAGGAGAACAAAAGCUGUUGCCAGAAAGGCUGGUGCUUUACGCAGUUCCAGUUUUUCAGUAGAGAAGCCUGUUAAAAGAGAGGAUGAUUCUAUGGAGGAUCACCAGGAGAGUCCAAGCUCACCUGAAACGCUAAAUAAAUUCACUCAGAAUAAAAGACAGUGUACUUCUUCUGCUGAACCUAGCCAACACACAAAUAAAGAUGCAGAGAAUGGUGGUGAAUCAUGGGAAGGGAAACUGGAUCUGUGGAAACCUUUGAAUUGUUUGGUGGAGGUUGCAAAUAGGACCAAGUCCUUCAAGUCUAAUUCACAAGGCUCUGAUUCUAAAUUAGAACCUACUCUUGUCCCAAAUAUUGAGGCUCAGAUGUGCAAAAUCAAACAUAGGGAAGACAAAUGCAAAACAAAAGUUGAGGAUGGAAAGAAUAGUGCAGGUCUUGCAACUUCAGAAACUGUAACUCCAAAAAAGUUACGCAGGAUCCGUCGAAAAAGGGCUUCUGGAUUUGGGGAUUCUGGCAUUUCUCCACAAGCUGUGCUAGAUGCUGCUGGUCCAAAGCAUGAAAGAAGAAUUGGUCCUGUUUGGUUCUCAUUAGUGGCCUCUGAAGACCAGGAAGGAGAUGCACCGCUCCCUCAAAUUCCUGCGAAUUACUUAAGGAUAAAGGAUGGAAAUAUACCUGUUUCCUUUAUUCAAAAAUAUCUGAUGAAGAAACUGGACCUCACCGAUGAAGCUGAGGUUGAGAUAAAAUGUAUGGGACAACCUGUGGUUCCCACAUUGCAGUUGUAUAAUUUAGUCGAUUUGUGGCUACAAACAGCAUCAACAUCACAGCGAGUACUAGCAUCAGUUGGUUCUUCGGCAAAGGACUUUGUCAUGGUAUUGGCAUAUGCACGAAAAGUCCCAUAUCAAUAAUAAUGCUUUUUUUCAUUCUUUCCCCUACCACAUCAAUAAUCUAUAUAUAUGGAAUCUCAUUGGUGAUAGAAUAGGACAUUUUGAUCCGGCAUGUAUUCUAUAAAAGCAUCUAUUCAGUGAGUUGGUUCUUCUAAAAUAGGUUUAUUUAAUUUUCUACCUACAAAUAGAGCAGUGCUUGUGGCUAAGUAAUGGGAUUAGUGUUAACCGCAGUGGCAUGUUGUUCGAAAUCAAUCAUGUCAUCGAACUUGCUAGCAGCAAUGGAUUGUAUUACCAAUUUACAGAUACAAUCGGUAGGUGGUGUUGUCAUUGUUUUCAAGUAGUUUUGAUUUAAAUUUUUCUCACUUUCCACACCAAGAGAACCCUUUGCUUUCAUGAUCCUUUUCCAGAGUCUGGGAUGAACUGCCUCAGCAUUACACGCGUUAUGUUAAAUUCUCUACUCGUGAUAGGAUAAGAGAGGUAAGGUUACACUUCCAGCCGUAAUGACGUGGUUUUGGUGGACUCGGAAUUGAUAUGAGAUUCCAUCAUCGUACUUGGAGCCAGUUUCUGCUUUGAUUGCGCCCAGCUCCGUUUCAUAGAAUAAAAUGAGCGUGAUUUCCAUAAAUUGUUAAAAUUUAGAAGCAUAAGAUUUUCGUAAUUCCCAGAUUUUGAGUUUAUUUUCAUUAGGGAUUAUUAUUAUUAUGUAAGGUAUUAUAGU